AUGAGUCUGUUAGAUCUGGAAAAGCACUUCGCCUUCUAUGGUUCAUAUCACAGCAACCCUAUUAACAUCAUAAUUCACGUAUUCCUUGUUUGGCCUAUCGUCUUCACCGCUCUUCUUUUCCUCUACUUUACUCCUCCUAUUUUAUCUCCUUCCCAAACACUCCUUAACUUUCUUCCCUCUGUCUUGAUUUUCAACUUCGGUUUCUUCUUUGCUGUCUUCUAUGCUCUCUUCUACGUUGCUUUGGAUGUUAAAGCCGGUUCGUUUGUUGCUGUUCUUACUUUACUUUGUUGGGCUGCAUCGAGUUUCGUCGCUAAUUUAAUCGGCUUCGAACUUGCGUGGAAGGUUGUGUUGGGUGCUCAGUUGUUUUGUUGGUCAGGACAGAUUUUUGGACAUCUUGUGUUUGAGAAACGUGCACCGGCCUUUUUGGACAACCUUUCUCAAGCUUUUGUAAUGGCUCCUUUCUUUGUGAUUCUUGAGAUUCUUCAAACAACGAUUGGAUAUGAACCAUAUCCUGGAUUUGAGACAAAGGUGAAGGCAAGGAUAGAUGCUAAUAUAAAAGAAUGGAAGGCCAAGCAGCAAAAGAAACUUGCUUAA